UGAGCACUGCUGACCAAGAUUCACCUGCUGUGCUUGUCCACAGGACAUGGUGUUCCUGGGUGACUUUAAUGCUGACUGCAAGUAUGUAAAGGCACAGGACUGGGUUUCAAUCCGCCUGCGCAGCAGUGAGGUCUUUAAAUGGCUCAUCCCAGACAGUGCGGACACCACAGUGGGCAACUCAGACUGUGCCUACGACCGGAUUGUAGUGAGCGGUGCUCAUCUGCCUAAGAGCCUGAAGGCCCAGUCAGCCUCUGUUCACAACUUUCAGGAGGAAUUUGGCCUAGAUCAGACCCAGGCUCUUGCCAUCAGUGACCAUUUUCCUGUGGAAGUGACCUUCAAGUCUCACUGACAGCUAUGGCCUAGGCAGGAUAUGCCACCUGCAGACUCUGGCCUCACGGAAUGGUCCCACAAUGGAUCACUGGGUGGCGGGCCAACCACCAUUCAGGGCAGGGCCAGCUGAUGUGGACAAAGGCUAUGAACACAUUACAGGAUUAUUUAGAGCCCCUGUUUGCUCAUGUGUAAGGUGUGCUGACAUCACCUACUUCAUAGGGCUGUUGUGAGGAGCACCCAUGAAUGGAACCAGAGCAGCAUCAAGCACAUAGCUGCACGCUUAAUAAACAAGCCGUUCUUGGUCAGGACUA